CGUGGCGGUCUUUCCUGCCCUGCCGUAUCCACAAGUCAGUUUGACUGUGUAUUUCAGGCGAGGAAAGCGCUUGGGAGGUUACGAGAGGCGUGUUUGCUGUGUGGAGCACCUUAGAAGGUUACGAGAAGCGGCUGGAGGACUCUAACGUUGGGCGGACGGACCACGUGGCAUCCAGGCGGGCUUCUGGCGCGCCCAUCCACGUAGUUAAGUACAGUUCUUGCCUAGGAUAAUUUAAUCCAGUUAUCUAUGUGGCUGUAUGCCUGGAAUUAAUUAAUAUUCAUUAUUUCCAGCGAGUUUUCCUUGUUGAGUUAAAUAAACUUAAGAGCAGGUUCAUCUGGUCUUUGCUUAUCCUAUGAGGGUGUGAUUGGUCAAAAAUAAGUGACUAGAAGGGGGCUGUGAGUCUGAGAACUCAAUUCUCAGAUAAUUUAUUAUAUAUUUAUAUUGCUGUGUACAUCGAGAUCUUCAGAAGUCCAGACCUUUUUCAAGAACCCCACAUAGCAGUAGUAAUAGUAGUAGUAGCAGAAGCAGCAGUCGGAGCAGCACCAGCAAUAUUAUUAUCAUUAGCAUCGGCAGCAGCAUUACCCUUGCACGGCUGGUAAUGUCGUUUCAGAACCUGUCCGUCCUGCUGCUGGUGACGCUGGAGGUGGCGGGCGUGGCCUGGGUGUACGGGCUGCGCCGCCUCGCUGCCGAUAUACACUUCAUGCUGGGCCGCUCCACGGGGGUGCUGUGGAAGGCGAGCUGGCUGCUGGUCAACCCGCUGUUCCUCGCCGGCGUCCUCGUGUACAGCCAGACGCAGGCCACCGUGCUCUCCUACGGCGACUACGUCUUCGGCACCAAGGAAACGGCGGUGGGCGUGGUGUUGUCCCUGGUGCCGGUGCUGCUGGUGCCCGUGCUGUUCCUGGUGGAGGUGGUCCGCAGGUACAAGGCGUCGGGGCAGCUGAUGCACACCCUCACCAACGCCUUCGCCGCCUCCCACAAGUGGGGGCCGAGGGACGCGAAGCUCAGGCAGGAAUACGACAUCUACCUGGAAGACCAACUGGGGGUGAAGCGCUGACCGUAACCCUGGAGACCAUCAGCUGCAGGUCGGCCGCCAAACAUAUGUAUAGAUCUUGUAUAGUCUGACACGGGUCGUAUUCUUUAGCAUUUCGAGUCCCAGGCACACUCAUUAGUCACGGUUUUCAUAGGCGUUGUGUGCAUUGCAUGGGGUAGUUUUAUGGCCCUGGUGGUAGUCUGACUCUUCCUCUGUACCGUGAACCUAAAAUACAACUCAUAAGAACCCGACUGAUU